GCAGCCCUGUGCGCUUCGUUUGAAUCAGAUACUGAAGCAGUCAUGUGGUUUUCAGGCUAAUGAAGCUUCGGACGUCAUAAAUCACGUGCUUCUCAAACUAAAUCAAGCUCCGAUACAGUGCUUCAGUGUGAAAUGUAUUGUUAUUGUGAUACAAGCUUGGAGCUUCCGUGUUGAACGUAACAUCACUACCAUUAAGUUUCCCUGAGCGACUCAUGGCCAAAGUCAAUAGCGGUUCGUCCGGUUGCAGGGCCGUGGUCAUGGCUGGCCAGUUUUGGACCAGACCGCCAGCUCUGAGCCAGCACAGGAGCAGUCAUCAUCAGCGGAGACUAACCUCAGUGAACCAGCGUAUGAGGGCAUCCAGCGCCGCGGGCCCCUGGAGCAAAAGCCCGGCGUGGAGCCAGCAGGAGCUCCCCAGCUACGGCUCCCUGAGCGAGCGGAACGUCUGGUCCAACCGCACGCUGAUCUACAGAGAUGUGAAGGCUUUUCUCAACGAAGUUGGAGGAGAUCCACGGGAAGCUCGGUACUGGUUAACACACUUUCAGCGGGCCGGUUCAUCUCCAGCGUUUGCGGUCCUGGAGGUUGACACUUCAGUGUUUGAUAGCCAUGAGAUGGUUCAGAGUCUGGCCUUCGGGCUCUCGUUUCUGCAGCGAAUGGAUAUGAAGCUUGUGGUGGUGAUGGGACUCCCGCCUGAGAUGGAAAAAGAGGACAGUGCCAAAACUGGGACUAAAUCCUCCCUCACCAGAACUAUGAUGGUGAAACACUGUCAGGCUUUAACAGAAGCACUUCAGCACAACUCAGCCAAUGUGAUGCCCUUCUUUAGUUCAGAGGCUCUCUUACAACUGCAGCACACUCAGGAUGAGAGCAGCAGUGGUCCAUCAGUUCUUGUGGACUCAGCUCUUCUGCAGUGGACUCUGGACUGCGGAGUCAUUCCGCUGGUCUGUCCAGUGGGCCGUGAUGCAGCUGGCCACUCUUCUGUCCUCAGUCCAAUUCAGGUGAUGACAGCCAUCUCAAAGUCACUCCAGCCUCUGAAAGUCAUAAUCCUGAACAGCUCAGGUGGCAUCCGCAACCAAAACCACAAGGUGAUGGGUUUGGUAUCAUUGCCGGGAGAUUUGUCAGGUCUGAGUUCUGCGAAAUGGCUGAGUGACGUGGAGCGCAAACGCAUCAGUGCCGUUGCGCAGCUGCUCAACCUGCUGCCGGCGGAGAGUUCGGCUGUCGUCACCUCAGCGGACACGCUUCUCACUGAGCUCUUCAGCCAUAAGGGCUCAGGCACCCUAUUUAAAAAUGGAGAUCCCAUUCACAGAUACAGUAGCCUAGAUGACAUUGACAUUAACCGUCUCUUGGCACUGAUUAACAAGUCUUUUGACAAGAACCUGAGAGAGGAUUAUAUAUCUUCUCUCAAAGGUAGACUGCAUUCCAUUUACCUGUCUCAGGGGUACAGUGCAGCUGCUAUAAUCACCACAGAGCCUGUGAACAGCGGCACUCCGUACCUUGACAAAUUUGUGGUCAGCAGCAGUAAACAAGGCCAAGGAACCGGUCAGAUCUUGUGGGAAUGUAUUCGUCAGGACUUAAGGAAGCUUUUCUGGCGAUCCCGUGCUACGAACCGCAUCAAUCCCUGGUACUUCAAGCACUGUGACGGCAGUUUCGUAAACGGUCGCUGGAUUGUAUUCUGGCUCGGCCUUUCGGACAUCCGUGAGUCUUAUGAGCUGGUGGAGUACGCCAAGUGCCUUCCUGACUCCUUCUGCUCUCACAUCGCAGCAGAAGCUAAACCAAUUCAGCAACCUCAAGGGUCAUAAAACACUACUGCAAUGCAUCUAUCGGUAACAACUGCAAUGUCGUCCCAAACCCACAGGACUGAGUGGAACACAAAAAGAGUUUUGAGUCAUCUUCCCUUUGACCUCAUCUACAUUUAUUGUAUAGGAAAAAGCAGCUUGAGCAUAUAACUAAACAUCUUCUUUUGUGUUCUACUCAAGAUGGCAACAGAUGAAAAUUAGCCAUUGGGGCUAACUCUGUCUUAUUUACAGUAAUUUACUGUUGAUUAAUGAGUACUGUCCCUAUUAAAUAAAUAAAGAAAGCCCAUCAUAUGGGUUGAGAGUGACAGGAAUUUUGUUUAGCCAAAGACUUUUGUUUAUAUAAAUCGGAACAUCACAACUAACGCCACAAUGUAAUCUAUUUUAUUUACGUUCAUUGUCACUGAACAGUGAAAUUCAAUUUGUCAUUGAAAGACAAGUUGUGAAUCUACAAUGAAAAUUGUGGUAAAAAAUGCUGGAGCCUGCAGAAAGGGCGAGGCAGUGUUAUUACAAUUCAGACCUGAAUUUUCCUUGCAGAACCUGAUUUUACCAAGUACAACAUGUUCCUGGAUCAACAUCUUUGUUGACCCCGAAACAACACAGAACCUGAUUUUACCAAGUACAACAUGUUCCUGGAUCAACAUCUUUGUUGAACCCUGGAACAACAUUGUGAUUAACCAAUCAGAUUUGAAAAAACAGUUUAUAGUUUUUGUGAAGUUUAGGCUUACAAUCACUGUUUGCUGCUUGUACAUCAGUGUCAUUCAUCUAUCAUUUCCUCUGAUUUUAGGGAUUACUCAUGGGUAAGGUUAGGUUUAGGUGUCGGGAUGUAGUCAAGAUUAAAUUUUUGGAUUAAAAUGUUGUUCCAGGAAACUUGACAACCAUGAACACAUCUAACUCAGAAAAAUGAGGAUGUGCCAUUUCCUCCUCUAUGAAAAAGAAAGCUG